AUGAGGUAUUCGACAGAUUAUGGCAUGUUUCAUUUCUACAUUGCAAACACUAAGCAUGACUGGAGGGAGGGAACUAAACAGUAUGAGUUUAUUAUGCGUUGCCUUGCAUCAGCAGACAGGCAGAAACAGUCUUGGUUGAUCUUUGCUGCUCAUCGUGUGCUUGGGUAUUCCAGUGGUUCUUGGCAUGGUCUGGUGGGCUCAUUUGAAGAGCCCAUGUGAAGGGAAAGCUUGCAAAAACUUUUGUAGAAGUACAAGGUUGACAUUGCAUUUUUGGGCCAUGUCCAUAACUAUGAGAGGACUGUUAAUUCCCUAACAAGGACAUGCCCUAUUUACCAGAAUCAAUGUGUAAACUCGGAAAAGUCUCACUACUUUGGAACAGUGAACGGGACAAUCCUUGUCAUAGUUGGUGGGGGAGGCAGCCACCUUUCGAAGUUUAGUAAGCUGCAAACUAUUUGGAGUCUUUACAGAGAUUAUGACCAUGGAUUUGUCAAAUUGACUACAUUCAACCACUCAUCUCUUCUCUUUGAGUGCAAGAAGAGCAGUGAUGGGAGGGUCUAUGAUUCAUUCACCAUCUCAAGGGAUUACAAAGAUGUGCUGGCCUGUGUUCACGAUGGUUGUGAACCAACCACUUUGGUAACUUGGAGGAUGCUGCUACUUGAUGUUAAUGAAAAAUGCACCCUUCCAUUGAUGCCCUUGUAUUAUAAACUUUUUCACAAGCAAUUAAGUUCAUGA